AUGUCGGAGUCUGGCUCUGCCACCAAGCGCCAUAACCCGGUGGACAGCAUCCGCCGGAAAAUCAAAACCAUCGAAAUGCGAGAUCAAGAGUCCAAUCCAUCUUUACAGAUCCCCAAGUUCCAGUCCCGGAACUUUGACAGCCCGCAGUCCAACACGAAGAAAAACUUGGAGGAGGUUUUGAAGAAUCGGGCCAUGAGGAACACCAGCAAGGAUCUGGUCAGCUUCUCCAGUCCUGGGAAUGGCACUUUGUUCUCCCCAGCUGUGCAGUCUCCAAGUCUGCAGCAAGUGACAGACUGUGCCAGCCUAGUAUCCAAGGAUCAGAACAAGAAGGUGCGGUCAACCUGCGGGUCACAGAGCUGCUCAACCCCCCUCGUGGGACCUCGUGACACUCACUUUAAGUUUCAGUCAGUCCUCCCCAGCUCUGAGUAUAAAAGCAUCAUACUGGAAGAUCGACUCCUCCCAUCUGUCCCCAGCUUUUACUUUGACCGUAAAUCUGAUCACUUUACAUUGAAAUCUCCUGUCGUGAAGAGGCUGUCGAUGAGUGAGAGCGCAGGUCUCAGGCUUAUGAUGGAGAACAAGCCGGAGCCCGCUGCUGAGGUCAGCCUAAUCUGUGAGGAAGACUUAUUGAACAGUAUCUUCUACGCAUGUGAUACAGAGCACAGAGGUAAAGUGGCAGUGUCCAAGAUUGUGGAUUACUUGCGGCACACAACUAGUCGUGGCUCUGAAGAUAGCGGCCUUAGUGAGCUGUGUAACAUGCUAGACCCUGAAAAGAGGGACAUCUCCAUGGACCUGGACACCUAUCACGCCAUCAUGAGGGAAUGGGUGGAUGACUGCAGAAACAAUGGGACAGAAAACAAAACCAAAGAGUCCAUCCUGGCUGCAGAAGAUUCUUUGAUAAAACUACGAGAGGGUCUUAUUGCAGUGCGAAGAAUUUCUGGCACCACUAUGAAUGUAACCUGUGGAAGUCUGGAGGCUUUCGGAGGCGAUGUAUCCAGAGGAGAUCUUGACACCUCUGACCUCAUCACCUGCAUUGCUGAUCUUCAAUUUAACAACCAGAAGCUAAAGGAGCAGCAUGGCAAACUGAAGGCGGCCAUCGAAGCGCAGGACGAGUCCAACCAUAGGCUCCUGGAGGAAAAUGAAACGUUACGCAACCAUUGGAAGAGUGCUCAGCAGUCCAUCACCAGAGUGCGGACCCUUAAAGGUGAAAUAGAGGAGUUAAAGUUAAAUAUGACAGCACUGGAGGAGUCCAAGUCCCAGCUGGUCGCACAGAACAAACAGAUGGAAAAAGAGAAUUUGUCACUAAUCCAUAAGAUCAGCUCUCUACAGGACGAGAAUUUGCGCAGCGCCCUGGAAGUUGAGGACAUCAGAAAGACUUUGUCUCAAGUCACUGAUAAAGCUGCUGAGCUCCAGUUACAAAUGACUGAUUUGGAGAGCGCGCUGCAGAAGAAGGAUGCAGGAUUGUUGGUGAAAGAUCUUUAUGUCGAAGAAAUGAAGUCCUCACUAAUGGAGUAUAGCUCAGUCAUCGAGAACUUGAGAAACGAGAAGAGCAAAAUGGAGAGUAUUCUGCAACGAAUGGAGCAGGAGCUUCUCUCGAAUGGAAUAAACUCUCCAAUUACCUGCCAACUUAAUCGUGUCAUUAACGGAGGCCCAAACUCGCUGCACACAGAGCUGGAAUAUGCGCAGCAUUCAUUAGAGGUGUCUACAGCUGACUGGAUGUGCUCUGCCGGACGAACAUCUUCUCUUGACGUCACGUUGGAUCGGGAGGUUUUGUUGUUGCUUCAAGGACCUGGCCACGAACAAGUAGCUGCAGAUUUCAAAGCUGUUUUGCAGACACUGCAAGAAGACACCAGCACAAUAUUUGACCAACUGUUGGUCCCCCUCCAACAUCUGAUUGAGUCAGAUAUUGAUGUGAAGGUUCUCUCUGGGAAGAUGCUGGAGAUAUUACAAAAGGAUUUGCGGGAAAGGAGGAAAAUCUGGGAGCAAAGCCUGAAGCAGCUUGAGAAGCAUAAGAAUUCUCUGGACAAGGAGUUUGCACAGUUAUCGGGAAAUCUGCGGAGAAUGAAAACUGAGCAGCUGCACCUGAAGAAGGAACUUACUGCCAGACUUCACGAUCUGGAGGCUACCCGGCAUCAGCAGGAGGUAUCUGAGGGGAAGGAGGCUACCAUUCUCUCCCAACUACAAGCCUCUGCAUUGAAACGAGAGGACUUGACCAAGCAGAUUGAGGAGUUGGAAAUCUGUCUCCACACUGUGCGGUCAGAGGCAGACGAGCUGCAGAGAGACUUGAAGGAAGCCCAGAGGCAACAGCAGGAGCUCCAGUCAGCAGUAGAGGUGUUAACUAGUGACUGUCGUAGCAGAGAGCAGAAGACCACUGAGCAGGAGGAGACUAUUCAUUUUCUGCAGGACAGAUUACUGGAUUACCAGAGUCGGGUAGAGGGGUCGGGCGGUGAAGCUGAAGUGGAGCCCCCAGUACGUGGAGUAGAGACAAGUUGCAUUUGUGAAGAGUUUGGUGUCCAAGAAUCCAGCUGCUUCUCUGGACGUCUCCAACCCACACCACGGAAGGAGGCUCGGAUCAGAUACACACCGUUAUUAGACGCGCUGUCUCUGGAGGGAGGGAAGCAAGCACCAAGUUAUCACCCAGCAACGGCAAAUCGCUGGAAACCUGACCCUGGACCUCAGGACGAAAAACAGAGAGGAUCUGCCUCAUCACAAGAAGCUUCACUGAUCCCACAGCGGCAAGAAUUUGCAGCUGUUGGGGUCCAGACGGAUGAGGAGAUUUCUAGUUGCUCUGAGAUGGAAAAAUCUUUCUCCAAGGAGAUUUGCACUAACAGUCCUCCAGAAACUGUGGACACGGCCAGCAUAUGUGUGAAUUCUCGGACCUCGGCUGACUGUGUGUCCUCUCCCCUUGAUAACACACUCUCAUCAUCUGCAGAGGCCAGCGCUGAAGUGAUCAUAAUGCAACAAAAAGACUCCAAUGCAGAAAGUAAAGACGUCGCGGAGAAGGGAAACGCGGUGGAACGUUCAGAGGAUUCAAGCUUCUCUGCAAACGGUGCCUCAUCCGUGCAACACAAAUCUGGAGACUGUUCCAAAGAGGACGGCUCUGAAUCCUCACAUGUGAAGCCUGAGAGCGAGGAGAAGCGGCCACCUCCAGAGGAAGGAUCCUUGGCUGCAUCUCUAGUGAUGAAUUCCCAGCCUGUGAAGGAGAACCAUUCCACAAAUAAUGAGAAGGAGAUGGAGGGUGAGUUCUUGCGUCUUUCCCUUGGAUUCAAGUGCGACAUCUUCACAUUGGAUAAGAGGCUGCGUCUUGAAGAAAGGUCGAGAGAGUUAGCUGAAGAAAAUUUAAAGAAGGAACUGGCGGGCUGCAAGAAACUAUUAGAGGCGCUGACUCCGCUCUGUGAGGAAGAUAAUCAGACACAUGAGAUUGUGAAGAAGUUGGAGAAAAGUUUACAGUUCCUAAGCCAGCACACGGCACGGGUGGCCAGCCGAUCAGAGAUGUUGGGCGCCAUUCAUCAGGAAAGCAGAGUCAGUAAAGCGGUCGAGGUCAUGAUCCAGCAUGUGGAGAACUUGAAGCGAAUGUACACCAAGGAGCACACGGAGCUGGAGGAGCUGCGGCAGACCAUGCACCAAAACGAACGCUCCAGCUGCGCCACGGACAGAGAGGAUUCCCAGAAACUGGCGUCAUCUCUAGUGUCACCAGCUAGGAGAGUCAGCAUGCCAGCGUACCCCAGAGGCCUCUGCACCGGAUCACCCAUGGACUUAUUUGGAGAGAAACCUGAUGGAAAAUUACAGCACAGAAGAUCAAACAGCUGGAAGCUGGUGGGAUCCAGACAGAACGAGAACCGCCCAACACUGCAGCGCUUUGUGGACAAUUACACCCGGCCAGAGCCAAGCGAGGACAUCAUAAAGGAGGAUGAGCCGAGCACGGCACUGGUGGAAGAUGCAAAAGAAGAGCUAGUCCGAAAAUAUAGCUACAUCCAGAAAACCCUCCCGCCAACAAAGGCCAACUCUACUUACAGUAAAAUUCUGUCCUGGACGGCAGACCUGAAACGAUCCAUCACAAGCAUCAACAAGCCUGUGGUAAUCGCAGUCCUGGCCAUCUUCCUGCUCGUCACGCUGCUUAGCUUCCUCGUGGGCCUUUCCUUCUACAAACCUGCCGAUGGAGCUCCUGUGGGAACUGGCACUUCAUGGACUUCAGUCCAGCAGCUACUGUGGCCCUACACUGGUCUCCACCACAAUGCGCCCCCUCCAGUAUGAAGCACAAAUAAGACAGAACUUUUAUAUAUUUUUUUGCUUUCCUAGUUUCCAGCUCUGAGGUUUUGUACAGUAGUGUGAGGAUGUCGGGUGACGUGGCUAUAAUAUAAUUUAAACAUAUAUAUAUAUAUAUAUAUAUAUAUAUAUAU